AUGUCUCGCUACCUCCUCCCUCUGGCCCUGUCGGCCGUGUCGGCAUCUGUGGUCCCUGCCGCGCCGGCUGUGGACGCCGGCGUCGCCGCUCGCACCCCCGACACCGGCUCGCUGCUCAGCUUCCCCAUUGUCGAGCGCCGCACGUACCAAGGCCCGCCGGUGCGCCGCCGGGGCGUGGCCCGCCGCGACGACGAGGCCGUCCUGUACAACCACACCAACGUCGCCUACAUGAUUGAGCUCGGCCUCGGCACGCCGGUCCAGACGGUGCGCGUGCAGCUGGACACGGGCUCCAACGAGCUCUGGGUCGACCCGGACUGCAGCACCGUGACCACGUCGGCCAGCCAGCAGUUCUGCGAGUCGCUGGGCACGUACGACCCGAACAAGUCGCGCACGUUUGUCGACCUGGAGGAGACCACGCAGCUGGCGUACGGCCGCGGCAGCGCCGACAUUGCCUAUGUCAGCGACACCAUUGUGGUGCCGGGCUCGGACAACUCGACGCUCAAGAAGGUGCAGUUUGGCGUGGCCACGGCCAGCGACGACGCCGCCGUGCCCAUCCUGGGCGUCGGCUUCGGCAACAAGUUCAACCUCGACUACAACAACCUGGUCGACGAGCUGCUCGCCCAGGGCGUGACCAACUCGCGCACGCUGAGCCUGGCGCUCGGCAGCGCCACGUCGGACACGGGCCGCGAGGACCCGGGCAAGAACAUUGGCAACGGCAUCGUCAUCUUUGGCGGCGUCGACACCAAGAAGUUUGCCGGCCCACUGGUCAAGUUCGACAACCUGCCGCCCCAGGCCGGCGACCCGGGCCGGCCGUGGCGCUACUGGGUGCAGCUCGACGCGGUCGGCUUCACGCAGCCGGGCAAGGCCACGUCCGACACGUACAGCGGCAGCAGCCUGCCCAUUGUCCUCGACAGCGGCUCGUCCCUGAGCUACCUGCCCCAGCCGGUCAUGGACGCGCUGGCCAAGAGCUUCGGCGUCAAGCCCCAGUCCGACGGCUCGCUCAUUGUCGACUGCAACUUUGGCGACAAGGGCGGCUACGUCGACUUCACGUUCGGCUCGCUCGUCGUGUCCGUGCCGCUGUCCGACUUUAUCUGGGCCGCCACGAGCGACCUCUGCGCCGUCGGUGCGCUGCCCUCGGAGGACACCACGGCGCUGCUCGGCGACACCUUUUUGCGCUCGGCCUAUGUUGUCUUUGACCAGGACAACCAGAACAUCUACAUGGCCCAGGCCGCCAACUGCGGCAGCAACGAGCAGGUCCUGGCCAAGGGCGGCAACUACAACCUGACCGGCGAGUGCAACGUCGCCCAGAAGUCGGCUGCGGCCGGCGGUCUGCUGCCUCUGUCGGCCGCCGCCCUGUUUGGUCUGGUCGGCAUCCAGGCCGUCCUGUCGCUGCUGUAA